CCAGUAACACUGCGGCUGAUGUCCGGACUUGUAACUACAUUUUACAGCAGCUCGGCUUUUGUUCGCGAGUUGUUGGUUGAAGCCCAGUAAAGACGGAGGAUCCGUAUUCAUGCACUUACACCGAGGAAAAUGAUCAUCUGUGCGCAAAAAAUGGAGUAUCGCAUUAGAACUCAGUGCCAGCGUGUCCGGAGUCAGGUGAUGGUGAGCUCUGAUAAAGACAGUUCAUCACCGCUGUGCAUGAAGGCUCCUGCCAGCAGGGGGCACCUGGAUACAGUAUCACAACAAAUGGCCUCCCAUCCUCAGUAUUUAGACAGCUUCCUGCGCACACAGCACUACAUCCUUAACUUGGAUGGCCCUUUGCCCCAUCCCUACCGCCACUACAUAGCCAUCAUGGCUGCUUCACGGCAUCACUGCAACUACCUUGUGUCUCUGCACUCAUCUGCGUUCCUACGGGAGGGUGGAGACCAGGCGUGGCUAGACGGGCUAGAGUUUGCACCACCUCGCCUCCAGCAACUCGACCACUUAAACAAAGUGCUCGCUCACCAGCCCUGGGUCACUGCUCGCACUCACAUUGAGGCUUUGCUGAAGUCAGGUGAGCAGUGCUGGUCUCUGGCUGAGCUGGUCCAGGCCGUAGUUUUGCUUGCUCACUGUCAUGCACUAUGCAGUUUCGUGUUUGGCUCAGAACAGGACACACAGCCCGGGCCGAGAGCGCCACAUGGAACGCCCCCAGGCUACUGCCUCUGUGAUGCUGCCAAUGGCAACGCCACCUUCCCACCUCGCAGGAGGUCUCUAGACUCGAGCUGUGACCUGGCCUGCCUGCGAGAAGGAAUCCGCAAGUCACAGGAGGAGAAAGAGAGAAAAGGAAAUCCAAGCCUACAGUCAUACACUCUACUGCAUAUAGACAUGGACGAGGAUGAGGAAGAAGAGAUGUGUUUGACGGAUCCCUCUCGCUUUGUCAAGGACCCUAAUUUCGGCUACCAGGAAUUUGCUCAGCAAGAAGAAGACCAUUUCCAAGUAUUGUGGGUGCAGGAAUACUCGUGGGAGGACCAUGGGUUUUCCUUGGUAAACCGACUCUAUUCAGACAUCGGGCACCUGCUAGACGAGCGGUUCCGCAGCGUAGCCUCCUUACCGUCCCCUCGCAAUCCGGACCUCAAGAGAGCCAUCUGGAACUACAUCCAUUGCAACUAUGGAAUUAGGUAUGAUGAUUACGAUUAUGGAGAAGUGAACCAGCUGCUGGAACGUGGACUGAAGCUUUAUAUUAAGGCUGUGGCCUGCUAUCCUGACUCCACUAAGAACCUCCUGUGCCCGCUUCCUUCAGUUUCUCUCAAAGCGUCAGAAAAGGUACAUGUGAACCUGCUGGUGAUGGAGGCACGGCUGCAGGCUGAACUGCUCUACGCUCUCAGAGCAAUCACUCAGUACAUGAAUGCUUAGGACAAUGAGCCGAUUGGAGAGAGACAGAGAAUAAGAGAGAAAGAAUGAGAGUGUGAAUGAGAGAGAGAGAGAGAGAGAGAGAGAGAGAGAGAGAGAGAGAGAGUUGCACAGUCACUUAGGGUACAAAAACAAUGCCUGACUCUGGGUAAUGAUAAAAGUCAAUAGCUGGUUUAAAAAAAUAAUAAUAAUAAUAAGACAAAGAGGACUUGUGAAGAGCAAUAUUUCUUCUCCUUCAUAUCUUUUGUUGUUGUUCAGAGGUUGUUAAAGUGUGACUUUACUGCUGUGAAGUGUCUUCAGGGUGCCACUUGAAGGCAGAAACAAUCUUUUUUCCCCCUCUGUCUCAUUUUUUUUUUUUUUUGCAUGUUGUUCUUUUCAUCACUUUCUAAGGCUUCAACUUUGUACUUUGUGUAUGUAUGUGUUUUCUACUUUUCAGUUUGAAUAUUGUUGUUUUUUUGUUUUGUUUUUCUAGGUUGUUCAUGUGCAAUUAUCUUUAUUCUGUUCUUUGUAUUGUUGUAUGCCUGUUGCUCCUCUGUUAACUGACAGUCAGAGGAAAGGGAGAAGAGAACGUGUCGAUUUCAAUUCUAGAAUUUUGGUGCAAAAAAAGAAAAAAAAAGAAAAAAGAUGACACGACCUCUCCUGAAACCGAAGGCAGUGUUUACUGAAGCUGAAACGAACAGAUGAAUGUUGAUGAAGCUCAACAUGUUUUCAUUUGAAUUUAAGCUCAGAACAAGAUAAUAUAGGAAAAAAAAGUUACAUGGCUAUAACUUUUUUUUUUAAUGGCACUUUUAAAAUAAGAUAAAAACAUAUUUAGGCACAAAUGUCUACAGCAUCUGACUGCUUUAUUUAAACAGUGGGGUGGUUCACUUGACUCGGUUUAAAAUGCCACAAGUGCAAAAAGGUAUAGAUCACACACACUAUUUGGGAAAAAUCGGCCACACCUUCAAACCAAUUGGCGCAUUUUUAGGGAUUUUAUUGUAUGUUAGUUUAUGAUGUAACCUCACACUCCACCCAAACCACACUAUUUUAAAAAAAGCUAAAGUUGAUUUUAAAUGUUGGUUGGUUCUAGCCAAAUGAAGGACUCUCCGCACCCCACCUUAUCUGCAAAACAUUUCAGUGAUACUUUGCCAUCUUGUGAAACUUUAUAUAAUACGAAGAAAGUCAAAGGGCAGGCCUGCUGUUAUGCUUCCUAUAACUGACCUGCACAACUUGUUUCCUUGCACUGGACUAUUUUGCACAGAACUGCAUAAGUGACCUGCAUUGCCUCUGAGUAGCUAUAACAGUUAUUGGAACAAAUGACCCCAGUGAGGCCUCUGUUCACUGGUACCACGCUGAUGCCAUACUUACUGCAAAUGUUUUGGUUGUAGAAAAGGCCACAUGCUACUUGCUAGAUAAAGCCAUGAUAGUAUUGAAUUGGUGCAGAAGUGUUGUCCAUCUAGGGUACAAGUGACAAACAAACAUGUGCACCAAUUUUAUUAUAAUUUUUUUUUUUUUUUUUUUUUUUUUUUAAACCUAAUGCAUUAUCACAUCAUUUAUAGCUAUGUUCAGACCUGGUGUAUUGUUUUUUUUUUUCCCUCGAAAUUCUGACAGAAUAGUAAUUGGAACUGAAGGGAUUCUGCAUUAUAUCCUUGCAUGUGUGGUGAGGAGAACUUCUCAAACAUGAGCACCUGUUUAAACAUAGCUAGUGAUGAUUAUUCUUUUUGAUUUGUGUUUUUUGUUUGUUUGUUUUUUUUUGGAAGAAAAAAUGUGGGGCGAGAUGGCAGACAUCAGUGCUGAAUCUCAUCACCUUUAUAUCAAGAACAGCACUGUGGGAAUUUCAGAGAAUAAUUAGUCAUAUCAGAAAGAAGAGGAAAGAGGAUUUAUUUCAUUACAGACCGACUUUUUUGGAUUUCAGAACUUUGUAACGUGGAGAGUCUCCACUGAAAGUUCAGUUAAGUGCUGGACAUUGUGAAGCGAUGGAGUUUAUUACAGUGCAGUGCCUUUAGCUUUUAAAUCUGUAAGGCAAAUAUGGACUGGUGGCGUUGCUACGACGCUGGAGGCCUAUUUACAGCCCAAGCUGUUGUCUUCACGCUGCUUCUUCCUGCUCCUUCUCAAGCCGUCAAACAACAGGGACAGUGGUUUGCUUCUCACUUACAGGCCAAACCCCCGGCACUUUCAAACGGUUCCACGUUUUUAUGGAGCUAAUGUGCCGUCAUUUGCCUGCCAUCAGCAUGUCUGUAUUGGUUUCUCCCUCACUGCCGCCUUCUGCGCGACAUCAAAACGCAGCAGUGGACUGUUUUCCCCAUUUGGCUUCUCUUCUGAUGUCUGAUGGAGACUAAAAGACUAAAUAAGUGUGGCUUUAGCCAAGUUGUUUAAUAUUUACCAGGUAAAUGUAGAGGUGUUUAAAUAAAAGGAACACAAAAAAUGUCAAAACAAAGGAAAAUUACGCAAAACAAACAAACAAAAAAAAACAUUUUCUUUUCUUGAAAUAAGAACUUAUUUUUUCUAUAAAGAUAUAAUAUACCA